AACUCACUUUUGAGGCUGUCAAAUUUAGUGCAAUUUCUUUAUGUACUCUGCAUUUGGUGUGAAAUAAUUAACAGUCGCAAGAAGUAGUGAAUGAAGUGAAAAAAUUAACUUUUCUGCAUCGUUAACGAGCAGAAAAUUUGUAUCACAUUGAAAUUGUACUGAGAAUUCAUCGCCAGCAAAGCAGCAGUCACGAUCGUGUGUCAAAAAGAAAGAUGGAAAGCAGGUGUCUAACUAAAAGUAGAUAAGCAACGUCUGGAAACAGAUUUCUUUGCUUUAUAACGCAGCAGACAAAGAAGAAAAAGCAACAGAAAAAAAGUAAUAAGAAAAAUUAUAAACGUGAGGAAAAAUAACUCACGCCAAGUCGAGAAACGACAGUAGCAGAAUUGUGACGACGACAACGACGCAGUCGACGUCGCCAUUUCAAAAAGCAACAAGAACAAAUUCUGCAGCAGAAGCAGCAGUUUUGCAAAGACAAAAGCGCCAACAGAAGGCAUAAACGCGAAACAGCAAAACUACACAAAAAUGCUCAUAUUGCAAAGCUAAACAUAAUUUUGCCACUUUUCCCCACAAUUUUUAUUUUUAUUUAUACAUAAUUUAAAACUUUCUUACGACGUUUUUUCUUUGGUUCUUUGGAAAUUUCCUCCUGUGCCUCUUUUAAGUGCACACAAUUCGCCGACAGCCGUGUACGCCGCAUGCCUAUCUACCAACCGAUCGUCUAACCGGUCGACCUAUCUAUUUAGCGUACUUGGCGUGUAUUCAUUUAUACUUUUAAGCUUUAAUAAAUAAAUUAUUAAAGGUCUUGGAGCCUGCUGCUACGAAAUUUGUCUGCAAAUUUCUUAAUUCUAUUUAAACCGCUGCGCGUUUUUAACAAGUUAUUCUAUUUAAAAUAUUAUAUAUUUCUUAAAACUUAUACGAAAUUCUUGCUAAAGAUGGUUAAGGAAAAGCCUAAUUCUACACGAAUUUACGACAAGGAUGGCUUUCGCCGUCGAGCGGCUUGCAUUUGCGUGCGUUCCGACGCCGAAGCAGAGGUGCUCUUGGUUACCUCAUCACGUCGCCCAGAAUUGUGGAUUGUGCCCGGUGGUGGCGUUGAACCCGAAGAAGAGCCUUCGGUUACGGCUGUGCGUGAAGUACUCGAAGAGGCCGGUGUUGUGGGCAAACUUGGCCGUUGUUUAGGUGUAUUUGAGAAUCGUGAACAUAUGCAUCGUACUGAGGUGUUUGUAAUGACCGUUACUAACGAGCUCGAAGAGUGGGAGGAUUCACGUAGCAUUGGUCGUAAACGCCAAUGGUUUUCAAUAGACGAUGCAUUGACACAAUUAGCAUUGCAUAAACCGACACAGCGACAUUAUUUAAUGCAACUUAGGCAUUCGAAAAGUAAUACGACCACUUCGAAUACACCACCAGCAUCGCCUACAGAGACAUAAGGAUAAAUAGUGAGCAAAAUUGUCACACACAAACACACACACACCCACACACACAUACACGCAGAGAUUUACCCUUGCAAUACGUAGAUGCAGCGCGUUCUAUGUUUGCGUAUAUACGUGGACCGUAAACUUAAAAGUGACGAAAAACGCACGCAAAAACAAACACACACACACACACACGCAUAUACAGUUAGACGUACACGUAAACACACCCAUACACAAAUUACCAUAUACAUACCUACACUCACACAUACAUUUUUAUAUUAAUAUAGCAGGUGUUUGCAUGCAACACCAGCCGCUGUUGCGCUGACACAGUGUAUGUUGAUAUAUUAACAUAUUAAAAAGAAAAAUGCACUUAAUUUAAAGAUUUAUUCAUGUUUUGGCGAAUUUGCAACCAAUUCACUUUCAUCUAAAACUACUUUUUUAAAUGAAUAAUAAAAUGAAUGUCUACACGCAUACAUGCCACAUACACACACGUGCAGUUAAAAGUAAAUAUUAUCAUUACCAUUUAAUUAUGUCGUAAAGUGAAAGAAUAGAUACUUAUGUAUAUCUAAUAUGCAAAAAAAAAUUUAGUUUAAAUCUUUUCUUGAAAUAUGCAAACAAACCAUAGACUAACAACAAAAAAAAAACAAUUUAUGAUACACAUCAACAACAAAACAUAAACAAAAUUCAUCACUAACAUUAAGCUAUUUUUUUUUAAUACUGUAAUUAAAGUCUAUAAUAAUUAAGUUGAACAAAAAGUGAAAUGUAAAGAAAACACAUUGACAAAAUGAAAAUUAUGUAUGUACUAUGCUAGAAAAAAAAAAUGUUUGAUAUAUAAAAUUAAACUGUAUUGUUAACUCUUAACUGAAAUGCAGUUUUAGUUUGGCGGGUAAUCUUAAUUUAAUGAAAAAAAAACCAAACAAAACAAAGUACAUAACUAAAUAAAGAUAUUUUCGUAAUUUAUAACAGUCGAAAAGUAAACCAAAAUCGAUAUAAAAUAAGCAAGCUCAUACAUAUGUAAUAAUGUGAACAAUGUAUUUGACGCAACUAAUCAGUAAAAAAAAAAAA